AUGUCUGGAGAAUCUAUGGACUGUAACGAGGGCUCCGCAGGGAUCGAUGGAGCAGGCUUUAACUUCAGUGGUGUCUCCAGCGUGUUUAACUGCUCCUCCGGGGACUACUUCCACCUGUCAGACUUCACUAAAACGGAUCUCGCGGGAGAUGGCGCCGCUGUUGUGCGGAUUAUCAUCUCUGUCAUCUACUCUCUGGUCUGCGCGCUGGGUCUGAUUGGAAACUUGCUGGUCCUGUAUUUAAUGAAGACCAAACACAUGUGGAGGAAAUCCUCCAUCAACCUUUUCGUGACUAGCUUGGCGGUGACUGACUUCCAGUUCGUGUUGACUCUGCCGUUCUGGGCUGUGGAGAACGCGGUGGACUUCACGUGGCUGUUCGGCAAAGCGAUGUGUAAAAUUGUGUCCUACGUGACGGCGAUGAACAUGUACGCCAGCGUGUUCUUCCUCACCGCCAUGAGCGUGGCGAGGUACUGGUCCCUCGCGUCUGCGCUCAAAGGUAAACGGAGGCGUCCGCUGUGCUGCGCCGCGCGGUGCAUCACGGUCUUCAUCUGGUGUGCCGCGGUGUUUGCCGCUUUGCCGCACGCAGUUUUCACCACAACCGUGACGGUUUCCAAUGAGGACCUGUGCCUCGUCAAGUUCCCGGAAACAAACGGAAGCGCGCAGCUCUGGCUAGGACUCUACCACUCUCAGAAGGUGCUUCUGGGAUUUGUGGUGCCCCUGGGGAUCAUCUCAGCCUGCUAUCUGCUUCUUUUGCGCUUCGUCACAUCCAAAAACAUCAACACGUCGAGCGCAAAGCGGCGCGCAAAAAUCACCAAAUCCGUCACUAUCGUCGUGUUGUCCUUUUUCCUCUGCUGGCUGCCCAAUCAGGCGCUCACAGUGUGGGGCAUCCUCAUCAAACUCAAUUUUGUUCAUUUCACGUAUGAGUACUACACCACGCAGGUCUACGUGUUUCCCGUGUCCGUGUGCCUGGCGCACUCCAACAGCUGCCUGAACCCCGUCCUGUACUGCCUGAUGAGGCGGGAGUUCAGGAAAGCGCUGAGGAAACUCUUCUGGAGGAUGACCUCGCCGAACAUACGGCCGAUCACAGCCACGACGAAGCAAGAGAUGGACGAGCACAGGCACGUGCUGGCUCGGGUCAGCGUGCGCGAGGAGCCAGAAGUGGUGUUUUAUCCUCCAGGGGCUGUGGUGUACAAUGACAGGAGGGAUCUGCCAAACAGCAGUUAA